CAUGGCACGUUCAGAAGAGAGACAGUUAUACAGAAUAACGCAACAGGAGCUUUUAUAUCUUUCUGAAGUGGAGUUGGUGUGGAGGUCUGUGAAAAUCAUGAAGAUUCUCCUCCUCAUCUUCACCCUCUGUCUGAUCUCAGAUGUCGGAGCGUCCGAGGAAGUAACAGGAUAUAUAGGAGGAGGAGUCCUGAUCAACUGCAAGUAUGAUACAGAAUACAUAAAAAAUACAAAAUCUUUCUGUAAGGUGGCAUCAUUGGUAUGUUCUGACCAAAUAAAGACAGAAGCUAAAAACAUGUGGGUAACUUCAGGAAGAUUCUCAGUGUUUGAUGACACCAAAUCAGCAGAGUUCUGGGUGAUGAUCAGAGAACUCACUGUAGAGGACACUGGGACGUACCGGUGUGGGGAUUAUCCGUCUGCAUGGAUGAAAAUGUACACACAAGUGGAACUGAAGAUAAAGAAAGCAGGAAGUUCUAAAUCUAGAGAAGUGACUGCAUAUGCAGGGACGAGAAGCAACAUCAAGUGCAGAUACGAGGAUCAAUACAAAAACAAACCCAAAUCUUUCUGGAAGAUCAGAACAGAUCAGUGGAGUAUUAAACACAUAAAGACUGAACCACACAGUGAAUGGUCACAUGAUGGCAGAUUCUCAAUCCAUGACAACAGAAGUGCAGGAUUCUUCAGUGUGUUUAUCAGAGAGCUGAUUAUAGAGGACACUGGGACGUACGCAUGUGCUGUUGCUGCGUCUGAUCGAAUAGAGAUCUACACUGUAGUGCAGCUGAACGUCACAGAAGAUGUUUCCUUUGAGAAGACCCUCAGCGUGACGGCACAUGUAGGAGAAGAUGUGACAAUCAGAUGUACAUACCCAGAAUCCCACAGGAAUGAUGAUAAGUUUCUUUGCAAGAGGCCUAAAACUUCUGCUUGUCUUUAUACUGCAACCAUUAAAGAAAGUAAAAAAUAUAGAAGUGUGGGGAAAUUCUCCCUGUAUGAUGACAGAGAGAAACACGUCUUCACUGUGAGUCUCAAAGAUGUCACUAAGCAGGACUCUGGUGAAUACUGGUGUGGAGCUGAAGUGGCCUGGAAAAAGGAUCAUGGAUACAAAGUGUAUUUCACACACGUCAACCUGACUGUUACUGGAUUUUUAGCUAUCAGGUUGACAGUUUUAUGUGUGGGUCUGCUGGUGCUCCUGAUUGGAAUCAUAUUCGUCAUUGUGAUUCUAUACAAGAGGUGCAAAAUUCAAGACCGAGAGACCAUGACACAAACUUCCAGCAAGAAAAAUGAAGAUUAUGAGGAUAUGCAUCGUCUCCAAUCAGCACAAAACACCAAUCCAACAGAGUCUGUCUACUACAGCCUGAACCCCAACACCAACCAAUCAGAUUCAGUCUAUCAGAGCCUGAACCCCAACACCAACCAAUCAGAUUCAGUCUAUCAGAGCCUGAACCCCAACACCAACCAAUCAGAUUCAGUCUAUCAGAGCUUGAACCCCAACCAAUCAGAUUCAGUCUAUCAGAGCCUGAACCCCAACCAAUCAGAUUAAGUGUAUCAGAGCCUGAACCCCAACACCAACCAAUCAGAUUCACUCUACCAAAUUCUGAACCUUAACACCAAACAACAUAAUCCAGUCAGUGCCUAAACCCUCACUCACAAUUAUUUUGACCAAAAAUUAUGAAAAACAAUUCAGACCAACAGCCACACAACAUUUAUCAUAGCACAGCAGUAAACAUGUAAACAAUCCUGUAGUAAGCAGUAAACAGUUUUUUUCUAGUCAUUAAUUCUUACAGUUAAAAAAGAUAAAAAUUUAAAAUUUAAUUUCUCAUGUUCUGAAACCCUACACAGAGUGUAUAAAAUGAUCGUUUGCACUACGAGUGGUUGCCAAAGAGUGAAUAUUGGUUCUUAUGAGUGGAUUUUGACAGUCAGGAGUCGAACAGUUCACACUUUCCGCUAAUGUUUAAUGUUAUUCAAAAAUCAUAUCAACCAAGUUACAAAAACAGCCUUCUUUCACCUUAGAAAUAUUUCUAAGCUAAGAAACAUG